UCUCCCCCUCCCCUUUCGCGGGCGUAAACAUUCGUUCGGUUGUCAAAAACGCCAAACUUGCUUGUGCACAUCAGCGGACAGACGACGACGACGACGACCGCAACAACAUACCUACGUGGAUAUUUCAGCCGAGAGCCAGACAAGCAGUACACGUUCCAGACAAAUCCUGGAACACACCGGAGGACGACACCGUCGGAAGGAAUAGGAGUGAACACCGUUGAAAGGUGUCGAGUGUGUGGAAAGUGAAAGUUCAACGCGAAGGCAAGCGCCGACGAAACGGGAAAAUUAUGAAACAGAUUGCUCUGCUAACCUUGACGACGCUGCUGCUUGCGACAGUGGCGCUCGGUCAGCGUGUGGCCCCCGGAGUGAAUCCCGGUCAUUAUCAGCAGCAACCCCAGCAACAGUAUCAGCCUCCCCCGCCGCAGUACAAUCAGCAUCCUCCUCAACAGGCACCACCGCAACAACACUAUCAACAGCAACAGCCCCAGUACCAGCAACAACAGGUUCCGGUUCAGCCGCAGUACCAACAACAGCAGCAAGUGCCGGUUCAACAGCAGCAUCACCAACAGCCGCCACAACACGGUGCCCCCCAGCACCACGGGCAGCCCCAGCAGGUGCUGAAUGCCAAUAACAUCCAACAGGAAAAAGCGCACAUUGCGGAACACAUGGACGUGCCGAUCGACACGAGCAAAAUGAGCGAACAGGAGCUGCAGUUCCACUACUUCAAGAUGCACGAUUCCGACAACAACAACAAGCUGGACGGAUGCGAGCUGAUCAAGUCGCUGAUCCAUUGGCACGAUACCAAAGAAGAUGGCGACGAUCACCACGCGGAACCAUCGCCGUCGACGGAAUCGCACCCGCAGGAUGACGAAACGCUCCAGUCGUUGAUCGAUCCGAUCCUGGAGCUGAUGGACAAGGACCAGGAUGGGUUCAUCUCGUAUGCCGAGUACCGACAGGCGGAGGCAUCCGAAUCGGCGAAGAAUGCCAACUAAGAGAGAGAGAGGCGUGAACUGUGUUGUGUAGAUAGGUAGCAGCUACGUGUAAUAGGGUUACGUUUUAAAGGGGGCUCCUAAGAGAGCGAUGGAAGUCGACAGGGUUCGAAGAGGAAAGGUAUAGACAAAAAUGUUCAGGUCAUAGCGUUUAGAGUUUGGCAAACAUGGUUAUAGACCACCUCACGGCGAAAUUCUAUCUCUUUCGCGCUUUCAGAGAGUUUGAAAACAACAGGACCAGUACCUGUCAAAUUUGACAGGUGUUGGUCCUGUUAUUUUCUAAUUUCCCGUUGGAGAGAAAGAGAACGAUUUCGUGAUGACGUCACCGUGCAAUGGAGUAUUAGUCGAUUUGACGCCACGAUAACAAACUGACAGCAGUGUUGCCAACUUCCACGCCUUUGUGUCUAUUAUAAUCGCAUAUCAUUUUGAGUGAUCCGCAACAAGCCGUCGAAAUUCCUCUUGUUCCUGUUUUCUAUGAGAGAGACUGACAUCACACUGAAAAACUUACCUGCAGAGGCGAAAAUAAAUUAUUUUUACAAGUA